AUGACUCUUCAUUGUUGAAUGCAUCCUGCCUAUUUGCUAGUGUUUACCUGUGGCACCACCUUGUCUUUUGGGUUGAAGCCACUUUGUGGCAGACUAAAUUGUGCAUCACAGAAUUUCAAAGGAGCUUGACGCUGAGGAGACAGCUGGAUCGCAUUAGCCAGACAUCACAGCCACAAUGGUGCUGUCACAGAGGCAACGAGAUGAGCUAAAUCGAGCGAUAGCAGAUUAUCUUCGUUCUAACGGCUAUGAAGAGGCAUACUCUGUUUUUAAAAAGGAGGCAGAGCUUGAUGUGAAUGAAGAAUUAGAUAAGAAAUAUGCUGGGCUCUUGGAAAAAAAAUGGACAUCAGUUAUAAGAUUACAAAAGAAAGUUAUGGAAUUAGAAUCCAAAUUAAAUGAAGCUAAAGAAGAAUUUACAUCAGGUGGGCCUCUUGGUCAGAAGCGAGAUCCUAAAGAAUGGAUUCCCCGUCCUCCAGAAAAGUACGCAUUAAGUGGGCACAGAAGUCCAGUCACAAGAGUAAUUUUCCAUCCAGUUUUCAGUGUUAUGGUCUCUGCUUCAGAGGAUGCUACAAUAAAGGUAUGGGAUUAUGAGACAGGAGAUUUUGAACGCACCCUGAAAGGCCACACAGAUUCUGUGCAGGAUAUUUCCUUCGACCAUAGUGGCAAGCUGUUGGCCUCUUGUUCUGCAGAUAUGACCAUUAAGUUAUGGGAUUUCCAAGGCUUUGAGUGCAUCAGAACCAUGCAUGGACAUGAUCAUAAUGUUUCUUCAGUAGCCAUCAUGCCCAAUGGGGAUUAUAUAGUAUCUGCUUCAAGGGAUAAAACCAUCAAAAUGUGGGAAAUUCAAACAGGCUACUGUGUGAAGACUUUCAAUGGGCAUCGAGAAUGGGUCCGCAUGGUACGGCCUAACCAGGAUGGCACGCUGAUUGCCAGCUGUUCUAAUGACCAGACCGUGCGUGUCUGGGUGGUAGCAACAAAGGAGUGCAAAGCUGAACUUAGAGAACAUGAGCAUGUAGUAGAGUGUAUUUCCUGGGCUCCCGAGAGCUCUUAUUCCACCAUACUGGAAGCUACAGGAUCUGAGACUAAGAAGAGUGGUAAGCCUGGGCCUUUCCUGCUUUCUGGAUCUAGAGACAAGACCAUUAAGAUGUGGGACAUUAGUACUGGCAUGUGCCUUAUGACUCUCGUGGGCCAUGAUAACUGGGUACGUGGUGUCCUGUUCCACUCUGGUGGUAAAUUUAUUUUGAGCUGUGCCGAUGACAAGACCUUACGUGUCUGGGACUACAAGAACAAAAGAUGCAUGAAGACUCUUAACGCGCACGAACAUUUUGUUACCUCGUUGGAUUUCCACAAGACAGCGCCCUAUGUGGUCACCGGCAGCGUAGAUCAAACAGUAAAAGUGUGGGAGUGCCGUUGAUUGGAUUUACAUCUGACCCCUCCCCUCCCCUUCCUGUCCCUCUGGAUGCACUCGGAUACCAUGGUUACCCAUUGAGCUCUGUUUAAAAUA